UCCGCUGGAUUCUCGCGGCCGCACGACACGCCAGGAUGAGCACUUCCGGCGCUGCGCCCAGGAAGCGGAAGUGAGACUUCCAGUCUGUCUGAGUAGGUGUGUUGUUCGGCGGUCCUGAAAUCUGGGAAAGUCGUUUUCGCUUUGCAUUCCUGGGCUGUCGAGUGCUUCUCCCCUGGCGGGUGGGAGUGCAAAGACUGAAGUGCGAAAUGAGCACCAUGUUCGCGGACACGCUGCUCAUCGUUUUUAUCUCCGUGUGCACGGCUCUGCUCGCCGAGGGUAUAACCUGGGUCCUGGUUUAUAGGACAGACAAGUACAAGAGACUGAAGGCAGAAGUGGAAAAACAGAGUAAAAAAUUGGAAAAGAAGAAGGAAACAAUAACAGAGUCAGCUGGUCGACAACAAAAAAAGAAAAUCGAGCGGCAAGAAGAGAAACUAAAGAAUAACAACAGGGAUCUAUCAAUGGUUCGAAUGAAAUCCAUGUUUGCAAUUGGCUUUUGUUUUACUGCCCUAAUGGGAAUGUUUAAUUCCAUAUUUGAUGGUAGAGUGGUGGCAAAACUCCCUUUCACCCCCCUUUCAUACAUUCAAGGACUGUCUCAUCGAAAUCUGCUGGGGGAUGACACCACAGACUGUUCCUUCAUCUUCCUGUAUAUUCUCUGUACCAUGUCAAUUCGACAGAACAUCCAGAAGAUUCUUGGCCUUGCCCCUUCACGAGCUGCCACCAAGCAGGCAGGUGGAUUUCUUGGCCCUCCACCUCCUUCUGGGAAGUUCUCUUGAAAUCAAGAAGAGCCCUAUAAUUCCUGCCAUUCUUUUUAGACAGUCAAAUCAGACAGGCAACUAUUUUGUAGCAAGAGCCAUAGGCAGCCUUAGCAUUUGGGCCACUUUCUAAUUUUGAGUUCUUUCUAAGCUUUUUUGGAUACGAUUCUAAUGAGAAUGGCACCCAACAAUCGUGAUGGUGCUUUUGCUCACAGAUUAACUUUUUUUUAAAAACGUGUGUUGAUUAGAUCAGCUCAGGUGAUGUUUAUAUAAUGAGAAAUUCUUAUUUUGCUUAUACAAAUAUUUCUGUGGGAUCAACUUUCAAGUAUGUGCUGUGUGCCAUGUACCAUGGAAGUUGGCUCUCCAUGAACAUUUAGAGAUCUGGAAGAAAAAUUUGGUUUAUGUAAUUCUUAAUUGGAACUAUUUGUUGUGUGUUUUUUUCAAGCCAAAUAUAUGACCUGAGAUCAAUAAAAGAGGCCAAAAUUUUAGCUAUUUGAUCUACAA